GGAGAGACAGAGAGCGGGUGGGACGCCGUAUUUUUUGUUGACCGCUAAUUUUCUUUGAUCACUGAGAUUAUUUUGGUUAUAUUUUAGAGCACGUUAUUAUGAGUUGAUUAUCUUUUGUUUAUUAAAUAACAGUAAAAUUUAGGUUCGAUGUCUCAGUGGAUUUUUUUUGUAGCGCGUCAGACAAUUGGGCCCAUCUUUCUGUCUCUCAGCGAUUCUUAGGACUGCGAAGUCGCUACAUUUUGUCAACAAAAAAGGCUUUAAUCUCAGUCACAGUCAUAAGCAUCUGACGGAGCAACGGAGCCAAAAUCUAGAGGACGAAAAGAGGAAGACAUCGGAGACAAAGUAUGGAGGUUCAAAGUCUCAGUGGAUUUUUUUGUAGCGCGUCAGACAAUUGGGCCCAUCUUUCUGUCUCUCAGCGACUCCUAGGACUGCGAAGUUGCUACAGGCUACACAUGGUGACGUGGAAUGUGGCCACAGCUGAUCCUCCAGAUGAUGUAACCUCGCUUCUCCAUCUAAACUCCCCAAAGAGCCCAGACCUCUACGUCAUUGGUCUGCAGGAGGUGUACUCAGGGCCACUGAGAUUCGUGUCAGACGUAGUAUUCGAUGACCCAUGGAGCCACCUGUUUAUGUCGACCUUAGCACCACGGAAAUAUGUCAAGCUAUCGUCCAUCAGAAUGCAGGGUCUGCUGCUGCUCUUCUUUUCCAAACUUGAGCAUGUCCCCUUCAUCAGAGACAUCCAGGCCACUUACACGCGUACAGGCAUUUUUGGUUAUUGGGGGAACAAAGGUGGUGUUUCCAUCCGUCUGUCUUUCUAUGGUCACAUGCUCUGUUUCCUCAACUGCCACUUGGCUGCUCAUAUGAAAUAUGCCACUGAGAGAGUGGAUGAGUUUGAGUACAUCAUGGACACACAGACGUUCGAUUGUAAAAAGGCUCCACAAAUCAUUGACCACAGGCUGGUCUUCUGGUUUGGAGAUCUCAACUUCAGAAUUCAGGACCAUGGCAUGCACUUUGUCCGCUCCUGUAUCAACAAUCAAACCUACAACCUUCUGUGGAGCAAAGACCAGUUGAUCAUGAUGAAGAAGAAGGAACAGUUGCUUCAGGACUUUGAGGAAGGGCCUCUGGACUUCCAGCCCACUUACAAAUUUGACUUAAACUCUGAUACUUACGACAGCAGUGGAAAGAAGCGUAAACCUGCCUGGACGGACAGGAUUCUGUGGCGGCUCAGACCCAAGGCCUCAGCCUCUGAUGAGCAAGAUGAAAGCACAGUGGAUGCGAAAAAAGUCAAGCAGCUGGAAGAGGAUGAGGAGUACCCUCUGAAGAUCAGGCAGGACCUGUACACCAGCAACAUGCAGUAUGGCAUCAGCGACCACAAGCCUGUCAUCGGUGUCUUCACAUUGGAGCUAAGGAAGAUGUGCGAGACUCCCCUGGUGCGUCUGCAGGCGGAAGGCGACUGGAGCGCAGACAUUGACGCCAUGGUUCUCUACAGCCCUCUGCAGCCGUUCCCCUCCAGUACAUGGGACUGGAUAGGGCUCUUUAAGGUUGGAUUCACGAGCAUAACGGAUUACAUCACCUACACAUGGGUCAAAGACGACGAGGUGGCCUUCAAUGAAGAAAUCAUACAGGUGUAUGUUAGUAAAGAGGAAAUCCCCGUGCAGGGAGGAGAGUGUGUGCUGUGCUACUACAGCAGUAUUCUGCGGUGCAUCAUUGGCAUCAGUGAACCAUUCAAGGUCCACGAAUCCAAGGUAGCCAUAGAGGAAGGCUUGUUGCCCGAGAGGAUUAAUGGACUUGACAAAACCGUAGCGAGUGAAGAUCUUUGGAACUGAUCUGUCAGGAGUCAUAGCUUUGGUAUGAUGUAGAGGUCAAUCUGUUUGGGCGUUGACUGCUUGGCUUUUCAUAACUGUGCUUCAUUACCUGCCACUGAAAGAGCAGAUUAGGAAAUGCUGCCUGUUCAUGCUUUUACACAUUCCCACUGAUCUCUUUAAUACUACUGGUGUGGCUAUUAGCUACUUGCAUCUCUGUGGUCAGUACACUUUUUUUUGGGUCACAUUUUUUGUACAUGUGUUAACCAGGGUUUAAGUUUUGGCUAAAACAUGGUACAGCAGUGAAUGCCAUUGAAUCUGAUAGUGAAUGCAACACGAUGAAACACUUUGAUUGGAUGUGUUUGGUAAGUGAGGAAUUGGGAGGGAACUGGUUAGACCAGAGGUUUUCAAACUGUGAGGCGUGCUUCCCCAGGGCUGUGUGGAGAGAGAGACACAAGGUACAGAUGUAUGAAGUGAAAGGGAUAGGUAGAUGCAGGCUACUUAAUGUGGUUAGGCCUAUGUAUAGUACUUAUCAAUAUGACCAGCAGAUGGAGCUUCAGCAGAGUAGCACAGCUCAUCUGAGCUAUUAAGGUACCAUUUGCAUCACAAUUCACACUCCUCCUCAGAGUCAUAACUCGGUCAAAUCUGGAGACACAGACAUGAUUCACAUAUAUUUUGAUUUGGUUUGAGUUAUAAUUCCCCAUAUCUAAUAACUUCCCCUGAUAUUAUUAUUUCCAAUGCCCAUCUCUACUAAAUGUCCAUUAAUUUGUUAGAACUUGUAGAAAAAAAAAAAGACCAGUGAUAUUUGUCAGCACAUUGCAAAUAAGUACUAUUAAUAGCUAAUAAUAGCUAAUUUGGCAUUUGGCAAAAAAAAAUGAGGCUCAAGUCGCAGGGUUAGGGUUCAGGUUAAUCUACCACUAACUAUUGUAUAUCCCUCACAGUUGUCUCGAUUUUGUCCAAGCAGGGCAGAUGGUGUCAGUUUGAAAGGCCCUGGAUUAUAUAUAGUGAUAAAAUAUUAGAUUAAGUAUGUUGUAGGAUCAGCAAAGGCCUGUUGCUGUGUGUGAUCAGUCCGAUGUGUCAGUAGAUGGAAGGAAGUUUAAGGAUGUGUUAAUGGGUCAGAAUAUUUGUUUUAAAAAAACUCCAAAUGCUGAAGUUGCUCUUAAAGCUGUGGCUAAAAGAAAAACUGGAACACACCCUGCUGCAGAUAUGAAAAGGAAAAGGGAAUUGCAACAUUAACAAAGAUCAUUGGCCGUUUGAUCUUAUUUUGCUGUGAAAAAUCAACAAAAGUUAUUUUAACAAAAAUGCAUGAUUCACUUUCACUGCUAAAGCAAAAUGUUCACUGCUUAGUUAGCAAACAUGAAGAGAUGAGUAUCCUUGAAGCCAUUCUGUGGUUCAGUACAGCUAAUCUGCACGAUCAUGGCAAAGCCAAUAUGAUGCUGGAGCAGGGGCUCAUUUUCCAUGUGUUCAGUCUUAAUGCUUUAAAAUUAAGUGUUCCUUGUUCAAGGGAUAAUCAGAGUUCCAUACCUUAUGGAGGUAAUAGUCAGAAGAAAAUUGAGUCACCAUGCAUCCAGCCCAUCUUACACUCAAAUUCUGAAGUUUGUGGGACCAGUGAACAUAUAGUGGUUCAAACACAGCUCUCACAGAAAUAACACUUUACCAGUGACCUGGUAGCUCUGUAGGCUGCUGGGGAUCAGAUCAAUGUAAGUGAAUAAAACUGAGGCUAAAAUGGGACAAAUCACAGUUUUCUAUAACACAUUUGUAUUCUGGAAACAUUUUUUUCUGAGAAAUGUGACACUGUGACAUUUUAGGUUGUCUUUUAAAUUUUGGCCCAGUUUGCUUCAGUUUGAGGGAAGAAUGAAAUGAAACUUUUGUUUAGUGGCCCCACAGACUCCAGAGAUUUGGCUGCGCUGGAGUUAAAAUGUAGAGAAUGACUGAAUAAAACUCUUAAAGACAGAAAUGGAAAGAAAUUCAAACUUAUUGAGGUGAAGUAUUCCUAUAUAUACUCUGACUCUGUUCCUCUAUCUUUAAAACCAUCAUACAGUAUUUACAAAAAAGGAAUUCUUCAUUCUAAAUUGUGUGGAUAGUUAUUAGACAUACAGGGCUGAUCCUAGUACUGAGAGCCUGAAAGCAUUGCUGUAAUAUUUAAGCUGGAUCUGUUCAUGGUUUUAAAUGUUUAAAUGUAUGUUAUUUGAAAUAUUCAUAGGACUCACAGAAUAUACCUAACUUACCUUGGUAUGUGAAUGGACUGCUGUGGGAAGAUAAGAUUUUGCAGUUUUGAUUUUCUCCUCAUAGUGUUUUAAUUAACUUCCUUUGUUCCUGGAGAACUUGAAAACUUAGAUAUAUAUCUAUAUAUGAGCAGAAUACUUAUGACUCAUUUUCAGCUUUAACCCACCAGCAGUUUUUCUUAAUAUUGUUUAUUCCCUUUUAGUACUGUUUGUGAUGUUGCAGUGAAAUGGAGAACUGAGAUAUGUUGCACUGUUAAUUGUUACUGUUAAAAGUAUUUGCCGCCUGUCAUGUUAUUAUUAGUGUGUACAAAGAAAGAAUAUGAAUGUCUUGCUUUUAGAGAACAAUAUGGAUUCAGCAAGUGCCUUUGAAAUGAUUGUUGCUUUACAUUUACAAUGCUGCUCGAUUUUGAUAUAGUAUAUAUUCGUUCUAUUAUUUAUCAUAACAUGGCAUGGUUUUCAUGGCCUUCUGGUAUUCUGAGAUUCUCUUGAUUUUAAAUAUUGCCGUUCUAAACUUUAACACAAAAAUCUUUUACUGAAUGUUAUUGUUAUUAUCUUGCUGGAAUCAAUUAUAUUUACCAAUUUAUUUCACUUUUCACGUUUAUUUUAUUUCAUUUUUUGAACUAAAGUGUGACUUAUUUUCUCAACUAGUAAUGAAAUGUAAUGUACUGUAACAGAAUACCAGCGAGUGUAUAGCCUUGCAAAUCAAAUAUUAAAUAAGUCUC